AGGAUAUGAGGAGCAAUCGUGGAAGAGGACUCAGUCCGACCUUGUCUGGCUCACAGUCCCGCGCAUGGUUGUGCGUAAACGCUGCUAAAAUAGUUGGCGGCGUUUAAAGCCCCUUCAGGCGCGUACAACUCUGGCCUUCAUUCAUGUUUUGUUUUGUUUUUUUGCAACACAAUCACGUCUGGGUAAUGUGCACAGGAAUAGAUCAACACUACUCCAACCCUCUUCCGCAUAUUGGAUUUCUAUGCAAAGAGAAGGUCGCCUAUGUCUCUCCAAGGAUUCGGGAAAUGAAAACUGCUGUUCAGACGGACUCAGUGUUUUUUAUUUUAUUUUUUUGACUUCUGAAACGUUUUCCGUGCAGUUUUAAUUGAGGAAUCUCUUCAACUCUCGAAGCAUUAUCUGCUCUCUGACUGGGAUUACUCGUUUGCAUUGCUCAUAUUUGAAAACAACCGAGUUUCGGACAAGCCUGUGCAGAGCUGCGUACAGUGCACACAUCUGAGCAUAAUGUAUUUUAUUUAGGACACCCUCUGUCUGUAGAAAGUGCCAAAUUAAGCCGGAAUGGCGAGCGAGUGUAAUCGCAAAAUUGUGGAAAAGUACAUCUGCCAUAAACUCUCCAAACGGGGUUACGUGUGGGGAUUUGAUGAUGUCCGGGAUGAAGAUGCUGCAAAUAAUGGGUCAGUAGUUGCCCCUCCACCGACUUUGGUCCGCCGGUGCCGUGAAGCCAGCACCGGGCCUGACAACGAGAGCAUCCCCAACCUCUGCAGACGGCUUCCUCAGCCCGACCCGCACGCCGCCAUCCACAGAGUCUUACGCGAGGCUGGAGAUGAACUUGAAAGACUGUACCAGCCGGACUUUACGGAGAUGUCGCGGCAGCUGUAUCUCACCUCCAACACGGCGCAGAGAAGAUUCGCCGAGGUGAUAGACGAACUGUUCCGGGACGGGGUGAACUGGGGCCGGAUUAUCGCUUUCUUCGAGUUCGGGGGCACGGUGUGCGUGGAGUGCGCGGCCAAGGAGGAGAUGACAUCGCAGGUGGACAACAUCGCGGAGUGGAUGACGGAGUAUUUAAAUGGACCUCUUAACAGCUGGAUAAAAGAUAACGGGGGAUGGGAUGCCUUUGUGGAACUGUAUGACAGGCAGAGGGAGUCGGUCUUCAGUUGCUCCUGGCCCUCCAUCAAGACAGUCUUCGGUCUGGCUGCUCUUGGAGCAGCUAGCCUCAGCAUCGGAGCAUACCUUACACAGAAGUGAAUGAGUCCUGUUUCCUAUCAGCUCGACUUUAUUUCUUAACAUCCUCCUGCUUUUCCUUGUGCCUCUCCUUUUUCCUUUUAAAGACACUCCUGACCCCUCAGAGACAACCUUCAGACUCUUCCGAAUCUGGCUCUCUUCAAAGUGUUUGCUCAAAAAACUCCCUCUUCCUCGGCCCUCCAUGUCAAAACAGACACAAAUCAAAACAACUGAAAGAACCAGAUGCGCAGCCCAUACAAAGCAAAGGACGGCUUGAAAAGAGGCAGCUUAGAUGUAAUCACACUAAGCUGGCUACAACUGAGGAGAAAGGAGGGAUCCGUGGUGUGCACCUAGCUUUUUUUUUGUUCUGCCUGCUUCUGUACUAGUUAUAGCAUGAACAUUGUUAGUGUAGACAUUGCAUGUGUCUGAGUUCAUGCAAGACCUUUAUAUGAAGGCUUUGAUGAUGGGGAGGGUUGCAGAGAUGAUGAUGAUGAUGACGCCCCCCAUGCCGGAGAGGAAGCGGCCGCAGCUCCACCCCUGCUUGUUAGGGUGACGAACCCCGUUUGAACUGUGGACUCCAGUUACACUCCCCACCUCCUGCAGCCGUCCUUCAAAGGACUUCCUCCACAGAACAGCUGCUCAGAAUGUAUAAUGGAAACAGUUUGCUAGAACCAGCUCGGUGUGUGUCUGCUGCUUUCACUUCUCAGACUGCUCCAGUGAACUCUGAACACACUGCACCAUUAUACUUUCCCUGGCCUUUAAUAGAAGAAGGGCCAGGGGAAGGCUGAGCUCAGCUUUUUGGAAGUUUUUUGAAAGCUCCUUGAUUGCGAUUUUUAUGUUGAUUUGAAUUUUUUGCAGCACGCCAAACCCUAGCAGAGAAAGAGGGGAUUUUGGGUUUUUUUUGGAGGAGUGAAAAACAGGAGUUCUUCACUCCUGCAGAAAUAUGUCAAAUGAUGAUGAAUAUACUGAGAGAAAUGAUGAGCACAGCGCAAAAGAGCGAGGUAGAAGUAAAAUAAACACUGCAUUUUGCAUCUUAAGAAGGGAGUAGGCCCCCACAACACGAAAGGACAAGAUUUUCAGAGUGCAUUCCUCCAGCAAACCGAUGUUAUCGAGACUGCUCCUCUGUUAAAGUAUUCCCCCUCAAAAAAACCUGUAAGCACUAAGCAACUCUAGAUGCGAUCAGUUCUUUUCUAUCUUCUACCUCUGUUGCAGUUUUCUUACUCUUCACUCUGUCCCAUCGGGCUCACCCUGGUUUCAGAGCUGACCCUGUCAACUUGUGUCCUCCAGCGGCUGAGGCCUCACAGAAACUCUGUAAUGCUAGAAUCCACUCUAACAAAGACGGCUGUUGACGUGGACUGUGAAAACCUCUCUUGGCCACAGACGACUGAGUAGAACACCACGGCAGCAGGGUUUCAGUUUAGUACUAAAGCCAACGUGUCCCGUAUGCUGGAACCUGAGAUGUUCCUUCUCUCCAGUCUGCGAAUGCAUUCAGUCAUUGAUUUGUUCCUUUCAGCCUGAUUUUAUUGAUGUUUGUCUUGUGUUACAGGUCUGAUAGAAAAUUUGGAAAGGCUUGCACAGGCUUACACAAUAUUUUAUUGUACACAGUACUUAGCAAGUCGGUUAUGGAAAAGUGAUUUUAUUUCUGUCAUUAAAAAAUCUUCAACUUCUUUGUUGCAUGGAUAAAAGAUAGUGUCUUCACACAAUAAAUAUUAAGUGUAACCAUAUUUAUAACAGAACAGUUAAGAGGAUAACAAAUUACAACAAAGAAGUUGCCUUUUUGUAUUUAUUGAGAGGUACCAGAUCACAGAUUUUUAACAGUACUUUGAUGAAAAAUCGGUUGUUUUCACUUUUUUUCUGUUCUAUGGAAUCACACUGUAACUACGUUAUUUCCUGGCUGCUAUUAUAAUGAGAAAAAAAUGUUUAAAAAGUGAAUUUCUGUGUUGUAUUAAUAUUGGCUUAAGGCUGCUAUACUGUCGAUUUAACUUUUACUUACAGCUUAAACUGCCACAAAUUAACAGUAUAGUUCUAGAGAGCUGGAAACCAAAGUUAACUUGUAUUAAUCUUUAAUUUAAAAAAAAAAAAAAGCGAAAAAACAAAAAACAAAAGUAGCUUAAUGAGAAUACAUGUUGCUUCACCUCACUGAGAGUCUGCUCAGUCGGGUUUCGUGAUCUCUCUGUGGAGGGUUUGUCUAGUGUUACUGUCCUAUAUCAGCUUAACUUUCGUCAACUUUGUGCUCCACUGACAACUCAGUGCUUAUCUGUAAAAUGUUGACCUGCCAGACCUAAACCUUGUCUCAGUUAUCACCUAAAAAAAAAACACACCAUUCUCAUCACAUCAACAGCUCAAGGUGUGUGGUGUUCCACUGAUGUGUAUGUUAAAGAGGAACAGAGGGUGAUUUAUGAGCAGGAAUAGCAACAGUUAAACAGCAAUAUACUGUAAUUUUUUAUAUUCUCUGUGCAUAUAUGAAUGUAGGCACUAUGGUUGCUGUACUGUUUUAUGUCUAUAAUCGCAAACCUGUAGCACUUAAAAAAAAAAAGUGAAUCGUGUUCCUGUUGUUUACUGCUAUAUCCACGAUAAGCUAGCGGGAUCAUAUUGUUCCUAAUAAACCAGAUUUCUCAAGCAGCUGCA